AUGCCGGCAGCCCGCGCCGGGCCGCGCCGGGCCGCUCUGCGCCCGCAGCAUCGCGGCGGCCCGUGUGCGAUGAGCCGCCCACCCUUGGGCACCUUCUCCGCCCCGCUCGCCUCCUCCUCCCACGGAGCCACCCUCCUCCUCCGCCCCCUCUCCCUGCCAGCCUCCUCCCCGCCCUUCCCCGCACUCCACGCCGGUGCUGGAGCCGCGCGUCACUCGGGCUCCAGCCCCGCCGCAGACAUGGCGACACUGACAGCGGUCCAGCCGCUCACGCUGGACAGAGAUGUUGCAAGAGCAAUUGAGUUACUGGAGAAAUUGCAGGAAUCUGGAGAAGUACCAGUACACAAGCUACAGUCUCUAAAGAAGGUGCUGCAGAGUGAAUUUUGUACAGCUAUCAGAGAGGUGUAUCAAUACAUGCAUGAAACCAUAACUGUUAAUGGCUGCCCCGAAUUCCGAGCCAGGGCCACUGCAAAGGCAACAGUUGCUGCAUUUGCUGCAAGUGAAGGCCAUUCACACCCACGAGUGGUAGAGCUGCCAAAGACUGAGGAAGGCCUGGGCUUUAAUGUCAUGGGAGGAAAGGAACAAAAUUCCCCUAUUUAUAUUUCUCGCAUCAUUCCUGGAGGAGUGGCAGAAAGGCAUGGUGGGCUCAAACGUGGGGACCAGCUGCUUUCAGUUAAUGGAGUGAGUGUGGAAGGAGAGCACCACGAGAAGGCAGUGGAGCUGCUGAAGGCGGCCAAGGACAGUGUGAAGCUGGUGGUGCGCUACACUCCCAAGGUGCUGGAGGAGAUGGAGGCUCGCUUCGAAAAACUGAGAACAGCCCGGCGCCGGCAACAGCAGCAGCUGCUCAUUCAGCAGCAGCAACAGCAGCAAACUACACAGCAAAAUCAUAUGUCGUUGUUCUCAAGAAAGAAGAAGCCUCAAUCAAGAGUUCAGUAAUCAAGCAACCAGAGCUGUACUCUAGUAUUCCAGCAAAAGCAAACAACAACAGGAACAUGAAACAUAAUUCAUCUGGAGAAUGUACAGUACCAGGCUAAAGUGAGCCAUAGGGAGGGUACCAUCAUGAUAAGGCCUUUCAGCACACAGCAGUCACAGAUACCUUUCACUUCUGUGACUCUGUUCCAAAUGAGAACAGCAUGAUUGGUAAACCCUAUGAAACAGUGAAGUCCAGGGCUUCCAAAUAAUUCUGUUUGAUGUCAUCUUGCACUCCUUACUCUGAACAAAUUUCUAGUUGGCUUUCUCUAGUCACUGAAAGUUUUGUUUAAGGAGGUUAAGAUUGGCUGCUUUUGAAAGCAGCAUCUUUCUCUACAGUUAUCUCCAAAAAUGAAAAACAUCAGUUCAAAAUUUUGCCACAGACAUCAAACUCGUACAUCAUGCUUCAUAGCCACUUUGUACUAUAUAUAUUGUAGAGCUGUUUUAACCUAACUUCCUGUUUAUAAUUUUCAGAUUUCCCUCUGGAAAUAGCAAUUUACUAUAUUUAUAAAGUAUUCCAUUUGUAGAAGCAAUUGGCUUUUUACUCUUGGUGUUUCCAUAUAUUUUAUUAUGCAUCAACAGAGUGAGAAAGUUUUAGGUCAACUUUAAUUUUAUUAGUAGUAAAGUUAGGGAAGCCUAGAACUGUAUUUUUAAACGUAGGUAUUGCUUGUAUCUAUUAUAGUUAUAUUCAGAAAUCUAUAACUGGAUAUAUUAUAUAUUUAUUCCAUAAAAUAUAUAUUGUCUGAAUGUACCUGUUAGAGAAGUAGGGUCUUUGCUUAGCAUGUAUUGCAAAUGUAGUAAGCUAAUGUUAGCAAAAGACCGAGCUUUGUUUGGCAGAUAUUACUGUGAUAGCAUAAUCUCUGCACUUCUGUAUUGUUUAAUUUAUUUUCCAGUCUAAUGUUAAUAUAUUUACAGAGAGGAGAAAGUGUAAGUUGAUUCUUUUAAGACUCACACAUUAUCAUUUAAAUCAAUUUGAACUUAGGGUUCUGACUUUUUUUUUUUUAAUUAAGCCAAGUUGGAAUGUGUAAGCAAAAUCUGUAAGUUCUUAAGUUUACAUGUCUGCUUUUCCAAAGAAGAUAGUCAAAGCUGGAAGGCUAUAAAUGUCAUCUGCUUUCAAGAAAAUGAGAAAAUGGACCCCCAAAUCCUAAAAAAAAGAAUCAUUUUUACAUGCCUUCUAUGCUCCAUUAAAAAAGACUUGGGGGAGAAAAGGAGAUUAGGGGAAAACCAUUGCAUUGCAUUGCAUGUUGAAAAUUCCUGCUGGUGUCAGUGAAAGUUCAGUAACGUGAGGAAUGGAAUGUAGAAAUGGUCAGAAACAAGUUCUGGUUGUGAACUUGGAACAAAGUCAGAAACAAUUAGUAUAUUGGAGUAUCUAUUCACAAACAGAGAGAGACAAAGCAAAACAGGAAAUUGACAGUAUCAUAGCAUAUGUUAGAAACCAAAUGCAGGCUAGCCAACAGUCCUGACAGUGUUUGAUCAGUGUAAGUAGCCAUUGAAAGGAAAUUACUGUAUUUUUAAAAUCAAACAGCAUGAAUUCAUCUAGAGAAGCCUCAUUUUAUACAGAGAGGUAAUUAUAUUCAGAGGUCAUUGGUGACAAUAUCAAUUAAGACAGUGGAGUUUGAGAACUACCAGAAGUGAAGAUGGAAUAUAUUGUAUUGUGCUCUGCACGGUGUCUUUUUAUACUUAAUAAAAUUGUAUGUACCUAUUUUAAAA